CUCACUUUGCAUUUUGCAAAUAUUGUUCAGUGAUACUGCUUCAGAAUCUAACUCUCUGUAUUGCCGUAUCUGAAUUUGCAUAGCUAGUUUUUCAAGAUGUUUGGUCACAAGAAAUCUCCACUGCAUAGGAACGCUAGACAUACCUCAGUUGACUCUAGAAUUUCUGGCUCAAAUCCUUUUGAUUCUGAUGGUGAGUCAGAUAACAAGCAAGCCCUAACAACCUCCAGGAGGACUUCUUCAGAGCCUUCACUAGUUACCCAAAACACGAGUACCAACCCAUUUGAUGAUGAAGAGGUCAAAGGGACUUCAUCGUCAUCAUACACCUCCAAUCAUUCUGCUAGAAAUAAAUACAAAAAUGAUUUCCGUGACUCAGGAGGAUUAGAGAACCAAACUGUUCAAGAGUUGGAGAACUAUUCUGUUUAUAGAGCUGAAGAGACAACAAAGGCAGUGAAUGGUUGCCUGAAGAUUGCUGAGGAAAUGAGAGAGGAUGCUACUAAAACACUGGUGACCUUGCAUCAGCAGGGUGAACAAAUAACAAGGACGCAUCAUGCUGCUGCAGACAUUGACCAUGAUCUUAGUAGGGGUGAAAAGCUUUUGGGAAGUCUAGGAGGCAUGUUUUCAAAGACUUGGAAGCCUAAAAAGAAUCGUCCGAUAGCAGGGCCCAUAAUAACAAGAGAUGAUGCAGUUUAUAGAAAGGGUAGCCAUCUAGAGCAGAGGGAGAAAUUAGGAUUGACUUCAGCACCGCAAGGAAGGUCAAAUUCACGAGCUCCACCUGCUGAACCAACAACUACAUUGCAGAAAGUUGAGGUAGAAAAGGUCAAGCAAGAUGAUGCGCUGUCAGACUUGAGUAAUAUCUUAGGGGAACUAAAGGAAAUGGCUGUUGACAUGGGAUCAGAGAUUGAAAGGCAGAACAAGGGCUUGGAUAAUCUUGAGACUGAUGUGGAGGAGCUUAACUUCAGAGUCAAGGGUGCCGCUCAGCGCGGUCGCCGGUUGCUGGGAAAGUAGGAAACAGAGCCCACAGGACAUGCAGUCAACAUUGGCAUGAAGCCUGAACUGUCCAUUUUAAUCGACACUUUUGGACCAAUUGCAAAUUAUACCUGCACUUCUACUCAUUCAUUGAAUUCUGUCUAAUACCAUGCAUUUCCCUUUGCAACCUGUAACAGAUAUAGCAAAAAAAAUUGAUUGAUCGUUCCUGAAUCUCUUAACCUGCUGCGAAUGAACCAGGACAUGUUUCUUUUCUGUGCUGAUCCAAUAUAAAUUUCUCAGACCCGUUAUAUUUUGC